CAAGGAGGGUAACGGGCGCGGAGAUCCGCUUCCGUUGUAAGGCUGACCUCAUGCUUGCUCCCUCGGGAGGAUCGAAGUUGCUGCUAGGGAAUAAUAGCAGGCGGUGCAGCGGCGGCGGCCCCAGAUCGCGAUGCUGCGCGAGGGCGAGAGAAGCCUGCUGGUGGCGGAGGUGCGAAUGGUGCUGAGCAGAGGAGAAGGCAGCAGCAGCGGUGUGGGAGCCAUCUUCUGUUUGUGCUCCCGGGCGUUCGUCGAAGAUCGAAAAUUAUACAAACUAGGCUUAAAAGGCUUUUAUGUUAAAGAGGCUGAUGAUAGCAUAGGAGAAGAGGAAGUUACUGAAGAUAACGAAAAAGAGGAGAAACCAAUCUUUGAGACUAUUGAAAAAUGUAACAGUCUUGCUCUGGAAGUGGAUGAUGUCGAACCAGAUUCAGAAACUGAACUCAUGAAGAGUAUGGGGUUACCUUUACAGUUUGGCAGUUUGGCAGCCAAUAAAACAAAAGCGGCCCCUGAGAAGACUGGCAAGAUAGUUAACAGAAUGACAAAGAAAAACAAAAGGAAGAAAAAAUUGCUACAACAAGAUAUCCAUGAAACAAUGUGGCAGUCCUUGGAAGAGGAUGAUGAUGACCAUUCUAUUUCUGAUGAUGAAAUCUUAGUGGAAAAGGAAAAUGAUUAUGCUGAAUGCUGUAAAAAUGGAAGGAUGCCACUGAAUGAGCUUCAUAUAAAUGAAGAAUGGGAGAAAUACUGGCAUCAGUUUGGAGAAGAGCUUCUAUGGAAAAGCUGGGAUAAGAAACAGGAGGAGGCUAAUCUUGAACCUUGGAAUAAUCCUGAAAUGAAGGACAAGUGGGAGCAACACUAUAAUGAGCUCUACUGGUAUUACUGGGAACAGUUUCGCUACUGGGCAAGUCAAGGUUGGACUGUUGAUGUUACACAUGGUAGUGACCUAGAAAUGAAUACCGGAAAGCUGAAUUGUAAGCAGUCAGAAAAAUCAUUAAACUCAGACAGCCAUGGAGACCAUGGAGAAGUGCAGGACUCAGUUUUUCAUAUUUCUCCUUCCUUAGACAUUUGCAAAGAAAAUCCUAUUGUAUAUAAUGAUUCCAGUAAUGAUUAUAUUUUUUCUAAAAUCAGUGAAAUAAAUCUAAAUUCCAAAGAAGCAGAAGACAGCAAAUUGCAAAGUGCAGUUGAUACUAAAAAACAACCAACUUCAGCAAGCAUUGCAAGGCAUAGUCCUCACAAUUGUGGCCAAACUGAGAAAUCAGAUAAAGGAACAAGAGAAGGAGGUGUGUCUUCUAAAAAUGGAUGUUCAAAUCAGCCAGCUUCACAGCAGGAACUUUUGGAUACCACAGCAGAGAGAGGAUCUGAGAGUAAUGAUGGUGAUGAGGAGCCCCCUGAGCAAAAACCGGUCAAACUAAAGAGGAGCCAUGAACUAGAUGUUGAAGAAAAUCCUCAGGGUGAUUCAGAUGGAAUUUUCUACCAAUUGGGGUUCAAGCAUGGCACAGGACAAAAAUACAGAGACAUUCCUAGAUUCAGUGAAAAGAAAGUGAUUCGUCUUAAUAAAAAUAUUAAAUUUAAAUCAGAGUUCUUGGACAUGCGCAGAACAAUCAAGACUAAAAACAAGCAUACAUAUUUUACAGAUGAACCUGAAACAUUUAUGUUGAAGAAAAGUAAGACCUUAAAUAAGGUACAGAAAUUCUUGCAAAAAGCAAAUGAAGAUGUGAAAAUUGGAUCUGAAGGUAGACUCUAUCAUACUUCUACCAGCAGUGAUUCAGAUGAAGAGGAAAAUGCCUCUCACUCAAAGAAGAAUUUGAGUCUCCAAAAUUGUGAUUUGCUAUAUCCUAGUUCAGAUAUCCAGGAACUUGAUAGUAUUGAAGAAAAAGGCAAAGAAAAGCUGAUAGGAGAAGAAGUUCCAUUAGGAAGAGAACUCAUUCCCCUGGAUAUUCCAGACUAUCUACAAAUGGAAACAGAAGGUGAAGCAAAUACUAUGAAAAAGAAGAAAAAUAAAAAGAUGCAGAAAUGGAAAAACAGAAAUGUGAAGUGCCUUCCUCACAAAAUAGCCGAUGAUCCUGAGCUGACUAAAUACUGGGCACAACGAUAUAGACUGUUUUCUCGUUUUGAUGAAGGGAUUCAGUUAGAUAGAGAGGGAUGGUUUUCUGUAACACCUGAGAAGAUUGCUCAACACAUUGCAGACCGUGUAAAGCUAUCCUUUGACUCUGACAUAAUAGUAGAUGCCUUUUGUGGUGUUGGGGGAAAUGCUAUUCAGUUUGCCUUGGCAGCAAAAAGAGUAAUUGCAGUUGACAUUGACCCUGUGAAGAUCCAACUUGCUCACAAUAAUGCCAUGGUUUAUGGAGUGGCAGACCAGAUAGAAUUCAUAUGUGGUGAUUUCAUGAAGCUGGCAUCCAGUCUGAAAGCAGAUGUUGUGUUUUUGAGUCCUCCCUGGGGUGGGCCUGAAUAUGCUGCUGCAGAAAUCUUUGAUAUUCAAACAAUGAUUUCUCCUGAUGGAUUUGAAAUUUUUAACCUGUCCCAGAAGAUUACCAACAACAUUGUUUAUUUUCUUCCACGUAAUGCUGACAUAGAUCAGGUAGCUUCGUUAGCUGGACCAGGGGGGAAAGUUGAAAUAGAACAAAAUUUUCUGAAUAACAGAUUGAAGACCAUAACUGCUUAUUUUGGAGAUUUAAUCAGACAAGAUGUAUCCUGACUUAUUUAUUAGUAAGCUGUUUAUUGGAAUAAAAGAGAUAAUC